AGUAGGCUACUCUUUGGAGGAAAUGGAGAGUAAUAGGAUUACUAGUAAGGGAAAAGAAGAUGAAGAAGCAGAGGCUGAGGCUGAGGCUGAGGCUGAGGCUCUCAAGAAGAGAAUCUCUAGCCAUCCUUUGUAUGGACUCUUGGUUCAGACUCACAUGGACUGUUUAAAGGUUGGUAGCGUUGAUGAUGCAGAUCAAAGCCAUGGGAAUAUGAAGCAGAAGCUAGCUGCUGGUACAGUGCCCAGUUCAAGCUUGUUAACUCAGCCAGAGCUUGAUCAUUUCAUGGGCAUGCAGGAAGCUUAUUGCUUAGCUCUAAGCAAGUUGAAAGAAGCAAUGGAAGAACCUCAGCAUGAAACAGUAGCUUUCAUCAAAACCAUGCACAUGCAACUUAGAGACCUCACCACAAACUAUCCUCAAUCUCCUGAUGAUCCUUCCACCACUUCAUCAGAUCUCAGGAGGAAGCAUGAAUAGAUAUAUAGCUAGCUAGUGCAUGAUGGACCCACUCCCCGAGGAUGAACAAAAUGCAGAGUUUCUUUUGUCUGCUAAUUAAUUAUAUUCAAAAACUUUGUCUCAGGAGUUUUCAUGUAACAUAAUACUAGCAGCUAUGAAUUAGAAGUACGCUCCAUCUUAACAUUUAAGUGUAUUUUUUUUUAAUUUAUUCUGUUAAAUUUA